UUAAGGCUUUUAAUGGAACCUGAGCCUUAUGCCAGUCCUCCUAAGCCCCUGGGUCAAAUGCUUGCCAAAACCUAGGGAUAUCUAACAACCAUCCUCUAGACCAGUGGUUCUCAAUCAGGGUGAUUUUGCCUGCCUCACACCUCCCAGCUCCCAGGGCAACUCUAAGGAUAAAACUUGAAGAUGGAAUGCUUACCCAGCAGUGCACACUUCUUCAUAUGGGGAAACUAGAACUAUAAGUCAGGUGGCUUGUCCUAGCACCCAGGACGCUGAAACAGGAGAGAUGCUGUGAAUUUGAGGCCAGCCUGAGUCUCCAAGUGAGACCCUCUCUCACAAUAUAAAGACAGACAGGCAAGGAGGUGUUUUGUCCAAGGAUCCGAAACCACUUUGCAGUCUACAUACUGUGACACCAGUGCCCAGCCCACCUGUGAUUAUGGAUAUGGAACUUGGAACUCUGGGACAAAUAGAGGCUACGAGAACUAUGGUUAUGGCUAUGGCUAUGGCCAGGAUAACACCACCAACUAUGGGUAUGGUAUGGCCACUUCACACUCUUGGGAAAUGGCUAGCUCUGACACAAAUGCAAACCCUAGUGCCUCGGGUAGCGCCAGUGCCGAUUCCGUUUUAUCCAGAAUUAACCAGCGCUUAGAUAUGAUGCCGCACUUGGAGACAGACAUGAUACAAGGAGGUGUGUACGGCUCAGGUGGUGGAGAAAGAUAUGACUCCUAUGAGGCCUGUGACUCAAGGGCCAUCCUGAGUGAACGAGACCUCUAUCGGUCAAGCUAUGACUAUGGCGAGCUUGACCCUGAGAUGGAAAUGGCCUAUGAGGGCCAAUAUGAUGCCUACCGUGACCAGUUUCGAAUGCGUGGAGGAGAUACAUUUGGUCCAAGGGCUCAGGGCUGGGCCCGGGAUGCCCGGAGUGGACGGCCAAUGGCCUCGGGCUAUGGGCGCAUGUGGGAAGACCCCAUGGGGGCCCGGGGCCAGUGCAUGCCUGGUGCCUCCCGGCUGCCCUCCCUCUUCUCCCAGAACAUCAUACCCGAGUAUGGCAUGUUCCAGGGCAUGCGUGGUGGGGGUGCCUUCUCUGGUGGCUCCCGAUUUGGCUUCGGUUUUGGCAAUGGCAUGAAGCAGAUGAGGCGGACCUGGAAGACCUGGACCACAGCUGACUUCCGGACCAAAAAGAAGAAGAGAAAGCAGGGUGGAAGUCCUGAUGAGCCAGACAGCAAAGCUACCAGAACAGACUGCUCCGACAAUAGUGACUCAGACAAUGAUGAAGGCACUGAGGGGGAAGCUGCAGAGGGUACUGAAAGUGCUGAGGCUAUGGAGAAAAGCUCCCGAGCAGAAGGAGAGGAAGAGGAGGGAAAAGAGGAUGGGAGAGAAGAAGGCAAAGAAGAUUCGGAGAAAGGGGCCCUGACCGCCCAGGAUGAGAGCAGCCAAGCCAAGCGCAAGUUGCAGGCAAGCAAGAAGAGCCAAGACAAACAGAAAAAGCGGCAGCGAGACCGUAUGGUGGAAAGGAUCCAGUUUGUGUGUUCUCUCUGCAAAUACCGGACCUUCUAUGAGGAUGAGAUGGGUAGCCACCUUGACAGCAAGUUCCACAAGGAACACUUCAAAUAUGUAGGCACCAAGCUUCCCAAGCAGACUGCUGACUUCCUGCAGGAAUAUGUUACCAACAAGACCAAGAAGACAGAGGAGCUCCGAAAAACUGUGGAGGACCUUGAUGGUCUGAUCCAACAAAUCUACAGAGACCAAGAUCUGACCCAAGAAAUUGCUAUGGAGCAUUUUGUGAAGAAGGUGGAGGCAGCCCAUUGUGCAGCCUGUGACCUUUUCAUCCCCAUGCAGUUUGGAAUCAUCCAAAAGCAUCUCAAGACUAUGGAUCACAACCGAAACCGCAGGCUCAUGAUGGAGCAGUCCAAGAAGUCCUCUCUUAUGGUGGCCCGCAGUAUUCUCAACAACAAGCUCAUUAGCAAGAAGCUGGAGCGAUAUCUGAAGGGCGAGAAUCCUUUCACUGACAACCCGGAGGAGGAGAAGGAACAAGACGAGGUAGAGGCUGGCGCUCUGGAUGAAGGGGCACCAAACGAAGCGACUGGACUCAUAGAGGGCGUGCCAGCACAGCCCCCGGUGCCCCAGGAGCCCGCACCAGGGAGUGCAACACCACCACCUCCGCCACCACCAGAAGAGGAGAACCCAGUACCCUUGCUGGGCGGGGCGCUGCAGUGCCAGAUCCGCGGGAUCCCGGGCCUCGACGUGGAAGACGACGAGGAAGGCGGUGGGGGUCCAUAACCUUUACCUGGCAGGGCUCGCGUGGCAGAGGCUGGAAGUCCAGCCUAAUAAAGUGCUUUCCCA